UGCCUGCCCCUCGCAAGCGGGCUUGGGACUCUCACGCAGAGGAAACCAAAAGCAGUGAGAGGGAGGGAAGCGGAGCGACCAAUCAAGGGCAGGGUGAGGCACCAAACCAGCAGGCUCCCCGGGGAGCCAGUCAGAGGCUGGGGGGCGAUGGCGGAGCUGCAGCAGCUGCAGGAGUUUGAGAUCCCCACGGGCCGGGAGGCUCUGCGGGGCAACCACAGCGCCCUGCUGCGAGUGGCCGACUACUGCGAGGACAACUACGUGCAGGCCACAGACAAGCGGAAGGCACUGGAGGAGACCAUGGCCUUCACCACCCAGGCCCUAGCCAGCGUGGCCUACCAGGUGGGCAACCUGGCUGGACACACUCUGCGCAUGUUGGACCUUCAGGCGGCCGCCCUGCGGCAGGUGGAAGCACGGGUGAGCACGCUGGGCCAGAUGGUGAACAUGCAUAUGGAGAAGGUGGCCCGAAGGGAGAUUGGCACCUUAGCCACUGUCAAGCGGCUGCCCCCCAGCCAGAAAAUUAUCGCCCCCACGAGCCUCCCUCCGCUCACACCCUACUACCGGAGACCCCUCAACUUUGGCUGCCUGGAUGACAUCGGCCAUGGGAUCAAGGAUCUGAGCACCCAGCUGUCGCGGACCGGGACCCUGUCUCGAAAGAGCAUCAAGGCGCCUGCCACACCUUCCUCGGCCACCCUGGGGAGAGCACCCCGGAUCCCAGAGCUCCCGGUGGUGCCCGACGACAAACUCUCCGCCGCGUCCUCUAUCUCCUCCCUGGCCUCGGCUGGCAGCGCCGAAGGUGUCAGUGGGGUCUCCACGACCAAGGGGCAGGCAGGACCCCCACCUCCACUGCCUCCACCUGCUGCCGCCGAGGUCUUCCUGCCGCCCCCUCCGCUGGAGGAACUGUCCCUGCCUCCGCCAGACCCGGAACUGCCUCUGCCCCUGGAUCUGCCCCCUCCGCCGCCCCUGGAUGUAGAUGACUUGGGUCUGCCACCUCCGCCCCCACCAGGCUUUGGGCCCGAGGAGCCAAGCUGGGUCCCUGAUACAUACUUGGAGAAAGUGGUGACACUAUACCCAUACACCCGCCAGAAGGACAACCAACUCUCUUUCUCUGAAGGCACCAUUAUCUGCAUCACCCGCCGCUACUCUGAUGGCUGGUGUGAGGGCGUCAGCUCAGAGGGGUCUGGAUUCUUCCCUGGGAACUAUGUGGCGCCCAGCUGCUGACGGCCUGAGUGCUCUGGGAUGCUGACCCAGGCACUCCCUUGAGCCUCCUGAGCCCCACACCAAAGCCAGCUCCACGGCCAAGGCUGGAGUAGGCCUGAGCACCUCCUAGGCUAUGAGCUGUGUCUGCCCCUGCCCCCUCCAUUGCAGUGGGAAGGGGUCCUGAGGAGAGAGGAGAUACCCAGGGCCUGCUGCAGACAGGAAAGAACCAGAAGCCAAGAAGCUUGGUGAUCUUAUCCAGAGGAGCCCUGCACCAUGCAGGAUAGGGUUUCCAGCUGCAAGUGCCAACUUUGAAUAAAACUCUGACCUUAUGAUUGCCCGGCAGGGCUGGGAGUCAGAGGGAAUGAAAGACACCCUUA